AUGAACCGCCCGCAUCGGCGGACCUAUCCUACGUCACACCCGCACCCCUCCGCACCGCAUCGCUACUCCAGAACGCGGUUGCGGGAGGCUCCAACGACCCAGUUCCGCCCUACGAACCCCCUGCUGUCCCGCCUGUCGGGGGUGGAGACCCUCCAGGCUCGGAUGACGGGCAACGCGCCCGCAGACGCUCCGCAGGGCGGAGACGGACCACAGCUUCAGGGCCCGGAAGUACGCCCUCCUCAGCCUGAAUCGAGCCAAGGCCCCCACCCGGCGGUCCACCCGGCGGCCCUGCGGACGAUGGAAAUGACAGCUCGGAUUCAUCUGACUCCGAUGCGGACGACGAACCGGACUGUUCCAGACACACUCCUCAGUCGGCUCCUCGCCGGCCUCACGCGGACCAACCGCCGCCUCGCGCGGACCAUGGAGGCCGCACUCACAAGGCCGCGCGAGGGCCCCAAGGCACGACCCCCUGAGCCCUUCGAUGGGGAGGACCCAGACAAACUCGACAACUUCAUCACCCAGCUCACCCUCUACUUCGGGAGGUACCAGGACGGUUUCCGCGACGAUGCGGACCGCGUCGCAACAGCCCUCACCUAUCUCAAGGGCGACGCCUAUGCCUACUUUGGCGACAAGAUUGCGGCCGCCCGCGCGCGCGGAGACGCUCGAGUCCCGGAUUGGUUCCAGAGCUUCCGCGCAUGGAAGGACGAACUGAUCCGCGUGUUUGGACCCAAGGACCCCAUCAAGGACGCCACCCGCAAGCUCAAGGCGCUCAAGAUGACCGGACGCGCCUACCAUCGGCUCCUCGCCGGCCUCACGCGGACCAACCGCCGCCUCGCGCGGACCAUGGAGGCCGCACUCACAAGGCCGCGCGAGGGCCCCAAGGCACGACCCCCUGAGCCCUUCGAUGGGGAGGACCCAGACAAACUCGACAACUUCAUCACCCAGCUCACCCUCUACUUUCGGAAGUAUGACGUCGGUUUACGCGAUUAUGCGGACCGAGUCGGACCAGGCCUCACCAAUCUUAAGGGCUACGCCUAUGGCUACUUUGGCGAUAAGAUUUCUGAAUGGUCUUUUUUCUGA